AUUUGCAGUCAGUCCGAGAGAAGCACGAGAGCUGAGCUGAGCCUGAUUCGCGUUUCGUCUGUGCGCCGUGUCGCGAGGAAGUCCGUGUAGGCAAAUAGUGAAAUCUUGCAUACACAUUUUUUCAUGUUUCAAUCAUGCUUAUAAGUUGAAAAUGUGUGUACUUUUCAUUCAUCAACGUCAUCAUCCUUGAUGGCUGUCGCGAAUGUCGAGCCUUCGGGGUUUAAUAUAAGUCCUUCGUGUGUGCAAUUCCCGUGAAUGUGUUCAACUUCUGUGGUGUUUGGUGUCGAUGCAAACUCAGGUCGACAGUUCAGCAAAUGCCAAUGGAUUCGUGAUUCCACCUAGUCCCAACAACCAACCAUACUGUCGUCGGGUAGCUCGGCGAAAAAUGGUUUGAAGCAAUUAAUCUGCGUGGCGACACAGCGAGGCAAAUGGGUGACGGAUGUGUGUAUACAAUUAUGGCACAUGUGAAAAUGAAUGAAAUAUCGAAUUUCGUGCUGCUGCCUGCGUUUGAUUGUGGUUUUAUGUGAGUGACGGCGGAGUGCGAAAGGGAAGUGAGCGAAUAAAUAGUGAAACAAUGAGCACCUCGAUUACUAGCAAAAUGAAGAAAAGUGAAAAUGUUUCAAUAAUAAUUCGCAAGUUCGAUCGUUUUUGUGAGGAAAAUCUUUGCAGCUAGCUAAAAAAUAGCGUAAAUAGUGAAUCCCCCUUUUCGUGUAUUAUAAAGCUCAAAUUUAUUCCCGUGCUCACUAUCGGCCAUCGGUAGGCACAGUGCAGAGGGUGUAGCGCUGUGUUCUUACCAACCAUUCGCAGAUAUCUGUAUUUUAUGAUUGUAAAAAGUCACAGGAGGAAAGUGGAAAUAUAAGAAAACAAAACGGAGGAAAAAAAUAAUUCCAUCGCACAUCCAUACAUCUAUAAAACCACCUAUAUAUAGCAACUUGUAAACAUGUAUUCUGGUGCUGCCAUAUUUGGAUAUAAAACAUCAUGCAUCUCGCUCACGCUAGCAUUGAUUUCCACUUUGAUACAGAUUUGUCGAAGUGCCGACCUUGUGAUAGAAAUACCCGGAAAUCUCGGUCUCGAUGAUUCAUACUACCGCCUCGAUUACUACCCACCGGUGGGUAACCCGGCGCCAAACGCUACGAUUGCAUCGCGAGACGUUGGCGACGAGAUACAGUUCUCCAACGGACAACCCGGUACGAGGUAUAACUUUUGGCUGUAUUACACCAACUCGACGCACCACGAUUGGCUCACGUGGACUGUGUCGAUUACGACAGCCCCGGAUCCACCCUCCAAUCUGUCCGUUGCGGUACGGUCGGGUAAAAGUGCUAUCAUAAGCUGGAGUCCGCCAUCGCAGGGUAACUACUCAGCAUUUAAGCUGAAAAUCCUUGGGCUGUCCGACAAUUUUGCCACCAAUCAAACUGUCGUCGUCGAGGACAAUCAAUUCCAGCAUGUGUUGAGAGAUCUGACACCGGGUGCCACAUAUCAGGUGCAAGCGUACACCGUUUUCGAUGGCAAAGAAUCGGUUGCGUAUACAAGCCGAAAUUUCACAACAAAACGCUAUCGCCAUAAAGAUCUGUUGGAAAUAAAGAUCCUGCGAGAACCCAACACCCCGGGGAAGUUCAUCGUAUGGUUCCGCAAUGAAACUACGCUACUGGUGCUAUGGCAACCGCCGUAUCCAGCAGGGAUUUAUACCCAUUACAAAGUAUCUAUCGAACCACCGGAUGCAUUGGGCAGUGUUUUAUACGUACAAAAAGAAGGUGAGCCCCCAGGCCCAGCUCAGGCGGCAUUCAAAGGGCUGGUCCCUGGUCGUGCAUAUAAUAUCUCCGUGCAGACGAUGUCCGAGGACGAAAUUUCGCUACCCACAACUGCCCAGUACCGAACGGUACCGCUUCGACCAAUGAACGUUACGUUUGACAAAAAAGCGGUUACCGAGAACUCAUUCAAGGUUUUAUGGGAAGCUCCAAAAGGUAUUAGCGAAUUCGAUAAGUAUCAGGUAUCCAUAUCGGCCACUCGGCGCCAACAAGCAGUUCAACGCAACGAUAAUGAAAACAUGGCAUCGUUGGAAUUUAAAGACAAUCUAGACCCCGGCAAGACUUACCAAGUCGUUGUAAAAACUGUCUCCGGCAAAGUAACCUCAUGGCCGGCCACCGGAGAGGUCACACUAAAGCCAUUACCAGUUAAGAAUCUCUACACCUUCACUGAUAGCAAAACGGGCAUUAUUACUAUAUCGUGGGCUCCAGACGAUGCCAGUGCUCAAGACGAGUACAAGAUAAGCUACCACGAGCUGGAAACGAACAAUGGAGAUGCCAGCACAAUGAACACGGACAAAACCACAUUCGCACUGGAAUCGCUAUUACCAGGGCGAAAUUAUUCUGUCACUGUACAGGCCAUCUCGAAGAAGAUGGAAUCCAAUGAAACGGUCAUAUUUGUUGUAACCAGACCGUCAUCACCGAUAAUUGAGGACUUGAAAUCGAUCCGCGAGGGAUUGAAUAUUAGCUGGAAGAGUGACGUCAACUCGCGACAGGAGAAAUACGAAGUCACCUACACCCGCAACGAUACCAACGAUGGAAAAACAGUACUUACCACCGAAUCUAGACUAGUGUUUACAAAUCUAUACCCAGGAGCCGGAUACGAGGUGAAGGUGUUUGCCGUUAGUCACGGACUGAGGAGCGAGCCCCAUUCCUAUUUCCAGGCGGUCUAUCCCAACCCACCGCGUGAUAUGACAAUCGAAAAGGUAACAAGCAACUCUGUGUUAGUACGCUGGAAACCACCGGAGCGCUCCGAGUUCACAGAAUACUCCAUUCGAUAUCGCACAGAAAGCGAAAAACAAUGGAUUAGAUUACCCUCGGUGAAGGUAACGGAAGCAGACGUUACGGAUAUGACACCGGGCGAAAAAUAUACCAUCCAGGUGAACACCGUAAGCUAUGGAGUCGAAUCUCCCAAUCCACAGCAAGUCAACCAAACUGUACGUCCGAAUCCUGUUUCCAACAUUGCACCACUGGUCGACUCGAACAACAUUACCUUGGAGUGGCCUCGUCCAGAGGGUCGAGUAGAAACGUAUAUUAUCCAUUGGUGGCCCACGGAAUUUCCCGAUCAAAUUUAUAGCAAUAAUGUAUCAGAAACCAGUACCAUUUACCCGUACUCAGUAAGUGGUUUAGGUGAUGAAGAUAAGUUGACAGAUGAACCACCAACAGUUCGAAUCCUCAUUGGAGAUCUCAUGUCUGGCGUAAUGUACAAUUUCAAGAUUCAAACGGUGUCCUAUGGAUUGACCAGUGAUGUUACAAAGUUGCAAACCCGCACAAUGCCACUCAUUCAGUCAGAAGUGCUGAUUGUUAACAACGUGCAGAUGCGUGAUACGGUCACACUAAGCUACACUCCCACACCUCAGCAAUCGUCCAAGUUCGACCUAUAUCGGUUUUCUUUGGGCGAUGUAAAUCUUCCCGACAAGGAAAAGUUUGCGAACGACACUGAUCGUAAAGUUACGUUUACCGGUCUUGUCCCGGGACGUCUGUACAACAUUACUGUUUGGACGGUAAGCGGUGGUGUUGCAAGCCAACCUAUCCAACGACAAGAUCGUAUGUAUCCAGAUCCCAUUACCGAGCUUAGUGCUAGUAACAUCACUGACACCGAUAUCAUUUUAAAUUGGGACAUUCCGAAGGGCGAAUAUAAUGCAUUCGAAAUUCAAUACCUCAAAAAUGAUUCCAACUAUCAGCAGAAUCUUACCGUGAACAAUCACAUCACAAUCACUGAUCUUAAACCACACCGUAACUACACAUUUACAGUAGUCGUCCGUUCCGGCACCGAAUCCAACGUGCUACGUAGUAGUCUUCCCGUUUCUGCAAACUUCCAAACGAAGGAAUCGGUUCCGGGACGUGUCGACAAAUUUGCACCCGUUGAUAUUCAGCCAAGCGAGAUCACCUUUGAGUGGUCACUCCCACCGAAUGAACAAAACGGAAUUAUAAGACAGUUUACAAUAACGUAUGGACUAGAUGGAUCACAACAUACGCAAGCUAAGGAUUUUAAACCAACCGAAUUGCGGGGCACUAUAAAAACUCUACUACCGGGAAAAACUUAUAUCUUCCGUAUUCAAGCGAAGACUGCCAUCGGCUAUGGUCCGGAGCAAAUGUGGAAACAGAAGAUGCCAAUCCUUGCACCACCCAAACCAGAAACGCAAGUCGUGCCCACGGAAGUAGGCAGUAGCGCUACGACCAUUGAAAUCAGAUUCCGUAAGCAUUAUUUCAGCGACCAGAACGGUGUCGUGACCACUUACACCAUCAUCAUUGCUGAAGACGACAGCAAGAACGCAUCCGGUCUCGAAAUGCCCAGUUGGUACGAUGUACAAUCGUAUAGCGUGUGGCCUCCGUAUCAGGUCAUUGAACCGUACUAUCCAUUUAAGAACAGCUCUGUGGAAGACUUUACCAUCGGAACGGAGAACUGUGACACCCGAAAGUCGGGAUAUUGUAACGGGCCACUCAAAUCCGGAACCACGUACAAGGUGAAGGUCAGAGCAUUCACCGCUCCCGAUAAGUUCACCGACACAGCGUACAGCUAUCCCAUUCGAACAGGAUUGCUAUCAGUUGACGCACAAGAUAACACAUCACUGAUCGUUUCAAUAACGGUCCCAUUAUUCAUUAUACUACUGCUCGUCGGCACUCUACUAUUUUUGCGCCGACGGCGUCAUACGGGUCGCAAAAAAGCAACCGAACAGCGCGCAAACGACAAUAUGUCUCUACCAGAUAGCACAAUGGAAACAAGCCGUCCAGUACUGGUGAAAAACUUCGCCGAACAUUAUCGUUUGAUGUCAGCCGAUUCUGACUUUAGAUUUAGUGAAGAGUUUGAGGAACUGAAACAUGUAGGCCGGGACCAACCAUGCACAUUCGCGGACCUGCCGUGCAAUAGACCUAAGAAUCGUUUCACCAACAUUUUACCGUAUGACCACUCUAGAUUUAAAUUACAACCGGUGGACGAUGAGGAAGGGUCAGAUUAUAUCAACGCUAACUACGUGCCGGGUCAUAACUCUCCCCGAGAAUUCAUCGUCACUCAAGGCCCCCUACACUCAACGCGGGAUGACUUCUGGCGCAUGUGCUGGGAGAGCAACUCGCGGGCGAUAGUCAUGCUAACGCGUACCUUUGAAAAAGGUCGCGAAAAAUGUGAUCACUACUGGCCACAUGAUACAGUGCCAGUAUAUUACGGUGAUAUUAAGGUUACGCUGCUCAAUGAUAGUCACUAUCCGGACUGGGUCAUCACGGAAUUUAUGAUGACGAGGGGUGACACGCAGCGCAUCAUUCGUCACUUCCACUUUACCACGUGGCCAGAUUUCGGUGUGCCAAACCCUCCUCAGACGCUCGCGCGGUUCGUGCGAGCCUUCCGCGAACGUGUUGGACCCGACCAGCGACCGAUCGCGGUACACUGCAGUGCCGGCGUCGGUCGGUCUGGUACGUUCAUUACCCUCGAUAGAAUACUACAACAAAUACAGGUAUCGGACUAUGUCGAUAUCUUCGGUAUUGUCUGGGCAAUGCGAAAAGAACGUGUCUGGAUGGUCCAAACUGAGCAGCAAUACAUUUGUAUCCAUCAAUGUUUGUUGGUGGUGUUAGAGGGUAAGGAAGGUACCGAGCGUGAGAUCCAUGACAACCAGGGUUAUGAAGAACCGGGCGAUCCUGAUGCAGGGGAGGAUCGACAGUUAAUUGAAACCGGCCUAGAGGAUACCGAUGAUGGUACCCAGGAAGUAGUCGGUAGUGAUGGGGACGACAACGAACAGCAUAACUGUGUGCAAGGGGAAAUGCAGAGCAAUAGUAGCAGGACUGAUGUUGCCAAAAAUAAUGAAUGUCAUUGCCAAGAAACAGAAGUGAUAGCCGUCGAAGUACAAGCAAACCAUAGGAAUAGUAGUAAUCAGCCGCUGCCGAUAGGUGACGAUAUAACCGAUAAGAGUAACAGCAACAGCAAUGACAUUAGCCAAGACGGCAAUGGGCCAUUGCUUGAAUCUGUCGAAUCUAAAUCCGAAGGUAUUAACAAUAACAAUAACAACAAUGAACAACAGUCAAUUGGGAAUAAACUGUGGAAGGAAGAAAGAUGACAGUUAGAGAAUGAUAGUGAUAACAGAAGUAGUGGUCGGAGUAGUAUUGUUAUCGCUAUCAAUGACGAUAGUCAUGCGAAUAGUGCGCACAUCAUUCGCAUCGAAGGCGAUGAUACAGAAGAUCGUAAAGAUGAUGAAACAGAAAUCGACGUUGGGAUCGACUCUGACGAAGAAGAUGACGACGAUUCCAACGAACAGAGGGAGCUGUUACUGCACAAAAAGAACGAAAAGAAUAAUUUUAAUACAGAUGGAGGCGGAGAACGCAUUCGAUACAAGCACAAUUUCGUGGAAGACGAAGAUGAGCAAGACGAUGACAUCAUCGUAAUCGUUGAUGAGGAUAGCAAUCUCUGUGGUGGUGGUGUUAGCGAUGAGCUCUAUUUGAAGCUUAGAGAAAUGGAUGACGAGGGCAUCGCCGAGUCAGGAAUGUAAGCGCCGGGGAAACGUUUACCAUCGCCAGAAGAUGUGACGCACGGUCAUAUCUAGUAGUCGAAGAAUCUUAACAACAUUCGUCUUGUAGGUAAUUCGGUCAUAGACAGAACAAACACACGAAAUUAAAAUUAGCAUACUCCAUCGUACAUUCGAGAAACAGAACAUACAUAGAUCACGAAUUGUAAAUAUCAGGAAAAAUCUUUGCUUAUUUGUAGAGAGAAAGAAAUGUUGUCAAUGUGCUACUACAUAUUCUACCUUUUAAAUGUCGAUAAAUGACAAUGCAUGCGUUACAUGUAAUCAAGAAUUCUUUUACGUUCUUGACGUCAUCGGAAAAUCAAAUCAGUAAAACGAAACGCGAAAAAUGUGAAAUUUUAUUGUAUUUAUGCAUGUGCAAUGGACACUCAAUCCAAUCUUUUUAAUUCUUUUUUGUUGUACAUAAUGUAAGAUGUAUCAUGGCAAAUUUUAGUUACACAAUAUUUUAAAUCUUACAAUAAAAAGAAAAGAUAUCAUAUCAACAGCA